AUGGAGCUGGUGACCUAUGAUGAUGUGCAUAUCAACUUCACUGAGGAAGAGUGGAAUUUGCUGGAUUCUUCCCAGAAGAAUCUCUACAAAGAUGUGAUGCUGGAGACCUACAGGAACCUCACUACUAUAGGAUACAUUUGGGAAGAACAUAAUAGUAAAGAACAUUGUCAACAUUCUAGAAGACAUGAAAGAACACAUACUGAAGAGAAACCCUGUGAAUGUAAUCAGUGUGGUAAAGCCUUUGCACAGCCCUGUAAUAUUCGAUUGCAUAAAAUAACACAUACUGGAGAGAAACACUUUGUAUGUAAUCAGUGUGGUAAGGCCUUUGCUCACCACAGUGCUCUUCAAAUACAUGAAAGAACACAUACUGGAGAGAAACCCUAUGCAUGUAAUCAGUGUGGUAAGGCCUUUGCUGAAAACAAAAUUCUUCGACAGCAUAAAAGAAUACAUACUGGAGAGAAACCCUAUGUAUGUGGUCAGUGUGGUAAGGCCUUUGCUCAACAUGGUACUCUUCAAUUGCAUAAAAGAACACAUACUGGAGAGAAACCCUAUGAAUGUAAUCAGUGUGGUAAGCCCUUUGCUUACCGCAGUGCUCUUCAAGUUCAUGAAAGAACACAUACUGGAGAGAAACCAUAUUCAUGUGUUCAGUGUUGUAAGGCCUUUGCUCAACACAGUAAACUUCAGUUGCAUAAAAGAACACAUACUGGAGAGAAACCGUAUGCAUGUAAUCAGUGUGGUAAGGCCUUUGCACGUCAUGGGCAUCUUCAAUUGCAUAAAAGAACACAUACUGGAGAGAAACCUUAUGCAUGUAGUCAGUGUGGUAAGGCCUUUGCUGAACACAGUGCUCUUCAAAUACAUAAAAGAACACAUACUGGAGAGAAACCCUAUGAAUGUAAUCAGUGUGGUAAGGCCUUUGCUGAAAACAGUACUCUUCGACAGCAUAAAAGAACACAUACUGGAGAGAAACCCUAUGCAUGUAGUCAGUGUGGUAAGGCCUUUGCUCAACACCAUAAUCUUCAAAGGCAUAAAAGAUCACAUACUGGAUAG